AUGCCUACCCGCCUUUUAAUUUCACCAGCAUUCAUCAUUCUUCCUUCACUGUUGAUUCAGUCUUUUGGCCUAGAAUACAUUGUGGGAGACUCCUUUUGGUCCAUCCCCACAACCAAUGACUUCUAUACUAACUGGUUUGACUUUGAUUCAGGGCUUCAUAAUGUGAUGGAAAUGUCAAGAAGAGAGUACGAGAGUUGUAGUGUAGACAAUCCCUUUAAGGUUUUCUGGGAUGGCCUGGCAAGUGUUGCAUUGAUGAAGGAAGGGUUUGCACUUGAGAUUCCAGAGGAUCUAUACCAUCUGAUCAAGAAGGCCAUCGCAAUCAGGAAGCAUUUGGAGAGGAACAGGAAGGACAAGGAUUCCAAGUUCAGAUUGAUUCUGGUGGAGCGCAGGAUUCACCGCCUCGCUCGUUACUACAAAAAGACCAAGAAGCUCCCUCCCAACUGGAAAUAG